AUGCACAACAAGUCUCCCCGGUCUUCAAUCAUGCCCUCGACACGAUCACUUGUCUACGCCGCUCUAGGCGCGACUCUAUCCUUUGCGGGAGUUCAAGCACAAGCAGGCACAGCGGCAGACGUUCCCCUUGACAUUGAUGGUGCCUUCCAGACUGCAACACUUACUGGUACAGAGUUCAACUCUGGCGGGUCAAUCACAUGUAACGGUCGGACGGUCAUUGUCCCCAAGAACCUCCAAAUCACUUUCCCUGCAGCCUUCGUUGGCUUCAAGGAUUUCGUAGCCAACAUGGGCAGCUACAAGGGUUACCAAUGCUCAAUCACCGGCAACGUAGUUGGUGGAAAGGCAAUUGCGGCUCAAAUUGCCAUCGCACAGUUCGCUACGACUACCAACAGCGGCUACAUUACCAAGGUAGACUUUGGCGGUGACAUCACCGUUAACGCUGCCGGUCAGGCACUCACAAUCCGAAUCAACGAUCCCCGAGGAGUUUAUUCUGUUGGAAACGACAAGGCCGGCUUCACCAUUGACCCAGCUUUUACUGCGGAUGAUGCCAACCCCAGUAUCACCUCCUUCUCUGGUUUCCCGAUGUGCGUCCCUCGCAGCGCAACGGACCCCCUUUGCCCUAUGACGAACCGACCCGGUCUGAAGCAGGGAUCCAUUCUCGCCGCCGACUCCAAAGUAAUGGCUCCUUUGAUUGCUGGCGAUUUCAUCACCUUCUCUGGCUAUGAGAGCGGAGGAAAGAUCAUCGUUUACAACCUGGUGGCCUCCAAUAUUCAGAUUACCACUACUGGCGUCCCUACCUACAUCCGCAUGGAAGAUGCCAACAUCGGUGUUUGGACCGCCGACACUGCUAACCAAGAAAUCGCUCAGACCAGAUUUGUUGGUUACACUUCCGACUCUGAUGCGAAAGUCAACCCUAUCUCGAUCUCUGCUAUCGAGUAUGACCCUUGUACCGGCGUACCCUCGUACCGCGAAGUCGCCAAGAUCUCUGUCCCGAGUACUGAAGCCCGCAACAAGUUCGAAUACCGCAACAAGGCUACACUGAAUGACGUCUACGCCCGAGAGUACCGCAUUGUUGCUGGUAACGGAAUCUUCAACACCAACAACAACAUCCAAGCUGGUUCCUACGUCAUGCCCGUCUCUGAGUGGAUCCAGCCCGAGGACUCAACCCCCGGCCUGCCUCCCGCCCCUCACGACUUCCGCAGUUACGGCUGGCUGGUCAAGGGCCUUGGUCGUGACGCUGACGGCAACCUCUGGGGACCUCUUGACCCUUUCCCUCAGUCUAAUGUGGCCAUCUAUGACAACUCCAAGUGCCCUCCCGCCACCCCCGCCACUCCCGUCACCUCGCCUGUUGCUUCCCCCGGUACUGGCAACGGUGGCUCUGCGGCUUCUCCCUCUCCCGCUGCCCCGACACCUAAGGUAUAUCCUGACGUCGUGACAUUCACUGGCUUCAACUGGGCCUCCUCGCAGAGCGGUACCCUCACCGCUCAGUGUACUUCCAACAACACAAAUGACGCUGCAGUCGCGAUGAAGCUCACUUACACCAACAAAGACGGUACAACCGUCGGCCUUCCCAUGAUAUCCGCUGGCAAGGGCGUGUGGAACUUCCUCAGCAAUAAGAUUAAGCAGCCGACGGAAGUCAUCUGCAAAAGUGGCCUCGGUGGAUCUGCCAAGAGGUAG